UAUAAAUCGUCUUGAAUCCUCAUCGAUCAUAGAUAUCAGAAUUCCUCUCAAUUAAUGGCUUCCAGUAGUGCUUUUCUCCUCGGUGCAGUGCCAUGUCUCCUCACCCUUUCACUCUGUUUGUCUACUUGUCGUAGCACGCCGAUAGAUGGAAAUGCAGAUGAAAAUCCAAGCGACCUUGCCGAGAAGGCGAUGUCAUGCUUCCUCGAUCAUAAUAUCUAUGUGAGAUGCCAAGACUCGUACAGACUGAAGGAGCAAGGGGAGAUCGACGUGCCGCCUCAGGCCACUGACGAGUUCUGCCACGGCCCGUGCCUCGUGGAGACGAAGCUUGUGCUCGCCUGCGUCGAGAAGAAGCUGCAAGACUUCCAGUUCUACAACGGGGCGACCGUCCUUGACAUCAAGUACAGUCUCCACACUGGCUGUGGCCACACCAGCAAGCGAGGUGACUUCACGGUGAAGAAUGAUAGCGAGGAUUCAAAAGUGGUGCCCAAGGCUCAUCCCGGUGCACAUCUGGACUACGAUGACUAUUUCGAUCAUGGCAACAAGCUAUCGGUUCCGGUAGUUUACUACUUGAUGCUCGGCUUAGUUCUACUUCUCUGGAGCUAGACGCACGCAGAUGGCUCAUUGAUAUAUGUUCUUCAUUGUCUUCAGAAUUACAAUGCAUUAGUAUGGAUUAAAUUUCGAGAUUAAAGCUUCUUGUAAUAUUGUAAUUGAUCUACUACACAUCCUAAUAAUUAAGUAGUGUGUGAUAUCUGAGCAACUUAAUUCCA